AUGUCUCUGCCGGGACAAAAUUCAGAAAAACUUCCAAAAAGCGGCGAUCGAAAUGUAAUUGAUCCACUUCACGGUGUAAAAGCAAGCGGUUCCCCUCCAUUGUCGCCAAAUGUGUCAGUGCCUAGAACUUUGCCUGCAGCACAUCUUGAACGCCAGAAGGUAUCCUAUACCAAAGACAGAAAUAUCUUACGAACGACUGAAGAGGACAGAAAGAAUAAAAACAUUUGGAAAGAUAAAAUCAAGAAUGAAGCGAAGAAUGAAAUCAAAGGCGAAAUCGAGAAUGAGGUCAAAGAUGAAACGAAAAGCGAUGAAAAGGUACUUUUGGAUGAAAACGAAUUUUGCGAUCUAAUAACUUGCACGAAAGAUAAAUCUGAAACUGUAGAUUUGGAUGCAAAUGAAAUUUGCGACUCGAUGACUUGCACGAAAGAAAAAUUUCAGAAAUUAGACAAAUAUAGAGAAGUAGAUUUGGAUUCGAACAGAGAUUGUAUUUGUUCUGAAACUUGUGACAAUUUUUCAGAAACACGCACGAAGCAUGAUAGAGAAGGCAAGAUCUCUCCUACGAAAUUAACAGAAAUAAUCAAUAGCUCGAUCAAAGAAGCGAUGCAGAAUAUCGUGAAGCAAUGUAAAAUGAAAGAAGAGAAAGAUGCCGAUAAGAAGCCAAAAGAAGAAGCUAACUUUGAUAAAGUUUGCUAUGUAGAUAAGGAAGGAAUUCUAGUAAAAAUGAAGCACGAGCAUCGACCACAUACCACUCGGAAUAGUUCAACGAUAGAACGAUUACGUAAAAAUAACGAGCAGUUUGAUAAUCGUUUAAAAUCGCAUCGUCUUCGAGAAAAAUAUAAUAGCGCACGUGCGAAUAUUAGAAAAUUACACGAGGAAAAAGGAAAACGUCAGAGUAAAAAAGAUAACGCGUUCGAAGAAGGAAAGAAAAAGAAGCAUUCAAAAUCAUUAAACAAUGUAAAAACUGAUAAUCGUAGGAUGACUGGAAACGUGAACAUUUAUAUUUGUUCCGAAGCCAGCGAAAAUAUCCAAGCAACUAAUAAACAAGAUAAAUCUCAAUCAUGCACGGAAUCAUGCUCAGAAACGACGACGGAACAGUCAAAAGUUUCUUCGAGCAAACUUGUCACUUCAAUUCGGAACAAGCGCAGAAAAUCUCAAGAACAGGAUUCGAUCGAUCUUCUUGUAAAAAGCGAAGAAAGUAACGACGACAGCACUACCUAUAGUUCAGGCCCAUACGAAGAUUCCAAAAACACGCUAAAAGUAGAAAGCUGUAAUUUUAUCGACGUCUAUGACAACCUCGACAAAGAUGUCCGCGUAAGCACUCAAUCUAUUUUGACCGAAUGUGGAUGCAAGGACAUCGAUAAUAGCGAUACUCUCAUGACAAUUGAUAAGUCAGACUUGUCGUUUGAAAAAUCGAAAUUUAUUAUAUGCGACAAAAUAGAGAAACCUUGCUCCACGAUUUAUACAACGAAGACUUUGACAGACUCGGAGAGCGACGGAUGGUCAUCGAAAUCAGUUUGCAGCAGUCGAAAUACAGAUGUAUGUAUUUCAUCCGACGCUUGGUCAGUGGAGCCCAAUUUAAAUUAUCGUAUUAACGAUAGCGAACGUCGUACAUUGCCCAUAAAAACUCGUGAAAGUAUAUGUAAAUAUCGUAAAAGAGAUCAAGGAUUAAUUGAUAGGUCUAAUCUGCGAUGUAGUUGUAAAAGCAGAAGACCUUACUCUAAGACAGUAAACAAAGAAUCAUGGAUGACUUGUAAUUGUAUAACAGAGGAAGAAGAAGAUGUAUGCGUCGAUAUGAAGACUAUCGAAAAGCCCACUGUAAAAGACAAGGAAACAACAACUAUUUGUCGUAAACCUUCGGAAGAUUUAAAAGAAACGACGACGUUUGUACCAUGCCCAAAACAUUCUGUGGAUUUACAAGAACGUAUAGACAAAUUAGAGGAAGAGCCGGCUGAAGAUGUGGAGGUCAGGGAAAAAGAAAAGGAUACGAAAGAGUUACCUGAGGAGGAAAAGUUACCUGCUGAACCAGAAAAAAGCAAGGAAUUGGGAGAAAUUCCAGCCGACAUGCCAAAGUUUGUCCCAUCAAGAACAAUAAGACCUGAAGUAAUUGUACUUAAACAGUUGUUGAAACAACCUAUACAACCAAAACCUGUAGGAAUUAUUGAUAUUUUGCCAAUUCCUGUUAUGAAAACAGAUAUUUUGGAACAAUCGGCGAAAGAUACGAUUGAUUCAAAAUACAAGUUGCGUAAGGAAUAUAGCAAACCUGAACCAAAGCAACUAGCAAUUGAAGAGAAACGAAAGUUAUCUCAGAAAAAAGAUGAAGAAAUACUGAAAGAGAAAUCAGCGGGAAAAAAAUUGGAAGAUGAAACGUUAGAAGAGAAAGGCAAAGGCGAAGCUAAAGACACGAGAAAAGCUGAAAAGAGAACGUUAGAAGAAAAAGACGACAGCAAAAUUAAAGAUACGAAAACAUCAGAAGAGAGGGAGUUAAAGAAAGAAGACGAUAGCAAAAUUGUAGAUACGAAAAAAGCAGCGGAGAGAGGAUUAAAGAAAGAAGAUGACAGAAAAAUUAAUGAUACGAAAAAAGCAGAGGAGAGAAGAUUAAAGAAAGAAGAUGACAGAAAAAUUAAAGAUACGAGAAAAGCAGAGGAGAGAGAGUUAAAGAAAGAAGACGACAGCAAAAUUAAAGAUACGAAAAAAGCAGAGGAAAGAGAGUUAAAGAAAGAAGAUGACAGCAAAAUUAAAGAUAUGAAAAAAGCAGAGGAGAGAGAGUUAAAGAAAGAAGAUGACAGCAAAAUUAAAGAUAUGAAAAAAGCAGAGGAGAGAGAGUUAAAGAAAGAAGAUGACAGCAAAAUUAAAGAUACGAAAACAGCAGAGAAGAGAGAGUUAGAGAAAGAAGGUGACAGCGAAAGUAAAGACACGAAAAUCAUCCAACAAAUAAUGAAACCAUCGCUUCUUUCCAAAGGCUUAAAAAUGAUUACAGGUAGAACAGAACGUCCAGAACCAAAGCCUGAAGGAUUCGUGGAACCUGCAUCGCCUGAUGUUAUUAUCGAUAAAACUGUUGAAAUUCCUGAAAUAGAAACUAGCGAAUUUCCAGAGCAAUCUAAAGACGAUACAAAAGGGGAGGAAAAAUCUGUUCCCUCUAAAUUGUUCGCAUAUAUACCGAAAAAAAUACCUAUACCGACAAAAAUACCUAUACCGACAAAAAUACCUAUACCGAUGAAAAUACCUAUGCUGAAGAAAAUACUUACACCGAAGAAGAAUGAUAAACUUGAAUCGAGUACAGAUAAUUCAAAAAAGCAAUCUGUAAACGAGGAAAAUAAAAAUAACAAUAAAAAUCCGUAUAUAACUAAUUCAACAAAAUCGCCUUUAUACGAAGGAAAUAAAAAGAACAAUAAAUACAAUCCUGUUUCUAAUCCUUCGCAAUCCACCAAAAAAGAAAUAAAAAAUAAUACAGAACAUAAAAUAAAUUCUAAUGUCAGUAAAAAUAAUCCAAAUAAAUCAAAUUUAUUAACUGUUACGAAUAGCAAAAAUUCGCCUGUUUCGCCGAUUCAAAAUGUUGGUAUUGAAUUAGGAAACCAAGGAAAUCCUAAAAACGAUAAAGAAAUAUCUGAAACUCAAGAUAUGCCUAAAAAUCGAGAAAUUCAUGAAUCGUUGACGAAGCCACAGCUUGAUAAGGGAAUCGACGUUGAAGAAGAAAAAGGACUUGAACCGCAGAUUACUAAAACUCAAGAGGACAAAUCAGGUGAAAAAAUAAAUGUUAUUGUGCAUUCUGAAAAAGAAUCUAUCGCGGUAUCUACGCAACCUGACAAAUUCGACUCUCGUAUGAUAUGUACAAACACAAACCCAAGUUAUACAAAGCAUACGGGUGUUACCGAUUAUAUUACAACCGAAAAAAGCACAUGCAAUUGUUAUUAUUUACCGAUGCGUCAAUACAAUAACGAACCUAUAAAUUAUCCUAAAAGUUGCUUAAAAAAGGAAAGAUCGUGUUAUCAUACUAUUUCUCAAGAAAGUAAUCGUGCGAAUCCAUACCGUGAUAAAAAAGCCUGGGAGGAGUGUAGCUGUAGAAGAAUAAUUGCUUGCAACAAUUUUUGUAGAUCACGGAACGAAUGCAGGUAA